UGGAGAUAGUACGAAAUGCGCCACUUGGUAUGGCCUUCAUCACAUUCUCUGACAAGUCAAUGGCAACUUUUAUCCUGAAAGAUUUCAAUGCUGUCAAGUGUCACGGAUACAAAUGUUCCACCCAGCCCCAACCAUCAAGUCUUAGCAGUCAGCUUUCUGCCUUGCAGUGGUCUGUCUCCUAUGCCACCUACCCAGAGAAUAUCUCCUGGGAGAAUAUGUCGGUGAGUGGAGUGAGGUGGUGGGCCCGUUUCAUUGGCAUUAAUUUUACCCUCUUCAUCGUGCUGUUCUUCCUAACAACACCAUCAAUUAUUAUUACUACAAUGGACAAGUUCAAUGUCACAAAACCCAUCUACUACCUGAAUAAUCCGGUUAUCAGCCAGUUCUUCCCAACAUUGCUGCUGUGGUCGUUCUCUGCUCUGCUGCCUACACUCGUCUAUUACUCCACUCUCUUUGAGGCUCACUGGACAAAG